AUGAGCUCAAGCGCUGAGCCCCCACCGAACGAAUACGGCUCGGCGGCCAUGUUUGAACUGAGAACUGGUGUCACACAGCGACGCGCGCUGAAACGGCGAGCUCGGUGUCCCAGCAAACUUUGCUGCAAAGCGGCCCACGCCCGCGACUGGACUCUCGAGCGCCGUCUGCGGCGAAAGGAGCGGAGCCAGCAUUACUCGCACUCCACAGCCUCGUCCGCGUUCGGCAUUCUGUUUCCCACGACGCCGCGGCACGACAAGCGAAGGCACGCCAGCUCGGCUCGGUGCCAGCAGGAAGACAGUCGCGCGCUCUCUCUGUCGGUCUCGCCGCAAGCGUCGAGCCAGUGGCACUCAGACCCCUCCGCAGCAGCACUCUACGUACAGGCAGCAAUGGGCACGCGGCCCGUGAGCGAAGACGGCAGCGGCGGCGGCGUGGGCGUCGGCGUAGGGGCCGCCACCAGCAAGGCCAGCGCGGCCUCCUCGGCCUCCCUGCCGACGGGCAGCUCCGGCGCCAACGCGGGCGCGACCACCAAGCCCGCCGCGGCCGCCGCGACGACCAACGGCGCUGCGCCCGUGCACCUGCAGCGCCUCGGCAGCAAUAACAGCAAGCCGCAGACAGACGCCACGACGUCGCACCGGCGGCCCGAGAGCGAGAGCAACCUGCGCGCGUCCUCGUCCUCCGUGAGCGGCGGGCGCGUGGCCAGCGCGUCGUCGCGACUUGGCGGCCGCCGCCGCGCCGAGACGGACAACCACAUGCGGUCGUCGCUGCCCCCGACGCUCAACACGAGCGACGUGGUGCUGGACCGGCGGCUGCUGCACAAGUACGAGCAGGUGAACCAGGAGAUCGAGCGCAUCGUGCGCGCGUCGCAGAUGGAGCAACAGUACUCGGCCGCGGGCGACGCCGUGAGCGCCAACCAGGUCAAGAGCGAGCUGCGCCAGGCCAAGAAGAGCUCGGCCCAGAUGAUCCACGCGCAGAAGGAGCUGCUGGACAAGAUGGAGAAGCAGGAGCGCGGCGGCUUCCGCCGCGUGUUCACCAUCAACAAGGCGGCCAAGAUGGCCAAGCUGCGCACCAAGCUCUGCGAGAAGCUCAGCGAGUCCGUGCUCGUGGACGAGGAGCUCCAGAGGCUGGAGAGGCAGAGCACGGCGCUGUCCUCCACGACGCUGGGCACGAUCACGCGCAACGGCACGGCCGUGGUGAACGUCAGCAACGUGCAUGGGGGCGGCGCCAACAGCUUCGCCAGCGCCAACAACUUCAGCAGCAGCUUUGCCAACACGGGCAACAGCGUCUUCAGCAUGAGCGUGACGGGACUCAGCAGCUUGGAUGAGACGCGCGACGUGAGCGGCAGCGAGAGCAGCGGCCCGUUGCCGACGCUGAGAAUGAGUUCGGGCUGGGAAGACGCACAGGAGGAGCUGCUGAUGCUGGAGAGGGAGAAGGAGGAUAUCCUGAACAACCUCUUCCAGACCGUGGACAUGCCCCACGUGCUGGACCUCCACGCGCGUAUUGCGAGCUUUUCCAGCGAGAUCAAGGCGGUGGCGAGCGUGAAGAAGCAGGCGGACCGUGUCGAGGAGCUGUACCGCAAGGCACUGCACUUGCUGAGAGUGGCGCUGGCUGCCGUUGUGUCGCCGAACUACUCCGGAAGCAUCCGCGAGUUCGCUGUCAGCUCGUACCCGCUGGCAGUGGAGGCUGGGCAUCUGAUUGAGCAAGCGUGUCAUGUGAUUCAACCGGAGGCGCGGCGCAAGUACGACGUGUUCGCUGCGGAGUUGACCCAUGUUCGUCCCCCGAAGUUCCCGCAGCCCGUGUCGGACUUUGCUCGGCGUUCGCGGACACACUACGACCCACACAGCGCGCUCUCGAUCGAAGGGAUGCGCAACCUGCACGCGGCUGAGAAUGUCCUCAUUUUGUUGCAGCGACUGGUGAUCCAGAAGCUGGAGGGCAUCGAGAAGUGGCAGGCCAAGCUAACCAAGGACCAGGAGGCAGCUGAAAGCGCCCACGCGCAGAUGGAGACAAGACUGCAGGAGCAGGUGGCUGUACUCGCGCGCUCUGUGUCGGAGGUGGAGAGCAAGGAGGCGAGAGGAGACGAGGAAGAAGGAGCAGGGAAGUGGGGGCAGGGUGAAGGGAAGCAGGUGGAGAUUGACGUCGGAAGUCACGAACCGAGCUCGUCUCAAUUGGCGGGCGGUGCGGAGGCCGAGCCUCUGGGUGGAUCUCGACGCUGUCGGCGUCAAGCCAACCGAAUCGAGCGCGGGUCCCCACCAAGCAAAAAGCUGAACGUGUCAAGCCCCGCCGAGCCCACGUCGGCCGUCGACUCGACGGCGUGGGAUGCAACUUCAGAUGUCCCUUCAUGA